AUGAAGUACCAUAUGAGAUUAAAAUGUCAGACGAUAGUGGUAUUGUGUUACGCUGUCUUAUCAACAGCUGAUCAGGAAUAUGAUAAUAAUCUUACGAAACUUUGGUCGAUGUCCAGUGCCUCGAAUAGUGAUGGUUCAGCAGUUUUAAAUGUGACCAGUGCUUCAAUUGUGAUACCUUCGAAUUACAAUAGUGACCCAAUUAUCACUAGAACAUCGAGAGCACCGCAAAAUUUCAAACCAUAUGCGUUCCGACCCCGGGCGAUACCACUGAAAAAAAUCGAACAGCCAUCCAAGGAUAAGAGUGUUUAUUACACACAAGAUAACAAAUAUAAAACUGAGAUACUGUUCCCCGGUAAUUACUUCACAAUUCCCACAGAGAAAAGUAUUGAUGAAACAAAAAGUUCCUCGUAUAACCUCUUAAGUGGUGCACAGUUCGAACCGAAAGCGAUACCUUUGUUAAGGAGCCAGGGUUUUGAGAAGCGAUCGCUGGAUGUCAAUGUAGAACCGAUUGAAGACAAGUCUGAUGAGAUUCCGGAUCAACAAGCGUCGAGGAGAUCAUUGUCAUAUAUCUUAGGAGCUGAAGAAGACGAAGACAGUAAUGAAGAUGAUGGCGAAUACGAAGAAGAAGAUGAUUCGUUACUCCAAAAGGAAGGGAACAUCCACUUGAAGCACAAGAAAAAGCAUAAAAUAAAGAAAGUGAAGAAAUAUUCCAAAUACAUGAUGCCCUUACUUCUCGCGUACAAAUUGAAAUACUUUGCGCUGGUACCCGUUAUGAUAGGUGGUUUGAUCCUUUUAGUAGGAGCUACAGGUCUUGCUGGUUUCUUCUUUGCCUUGUUUGCAGCUGUUAUGGGCUUGCAAAAGGGGGGAUAUUAAGUAUUAGAUUUAGAAGUCGACGUUCUCGCAGAUGCCAUCAGAUUUAGCUAGAUGUUUUAAUAAAAUAAUUACUGUUAGAUUUUUAACGACGUCAUAGCCCA